AUGAGCUCUUGGUCAGAUACAUACGGUCCGCCUCGGAAGAGAAUGCGAAAGGGAACGAAAAGCUGCAUUGAAUGUAUGUUCGGAGUGUUCUCGUGGCGCUUGCUUGCUUUUCCUAUAUUGAUUUCUAACGUAGGUCGACGUCGGAAGAUCCGCUGUACUUACAUUGCCGAUCACCCUAAUGUCUGCAACGAAUGUCGUUUUCGGGGGUCCAAAUGUGUCGACCAGGAACAUGAUGAAGAUGACCGGAGUAAAGCACCAGGGUCUGAACGGGGAGAGCAGCGUUAUAGUCUCCGGGAGCGGGUGGCUCAGUUGGAGAAUGUAGUGCAGGGCCUGGUUAAACGAUUGGAUCAGCAAAGCCCUGCUGUUAGUUCACCGGCUGAUAACCCCACAAUCGGUAAUACGUCUCCCGCUUCGGUCGAGUCGGACAAACUUGGUCCGUCGAGCAUUCAGAUACAAAAUGCCCCGGUCAUGCAGCUUUUCGACAAUUAUCUUGUCAGUCGACAGGAAGACCUAUCUAGCAAUGAUCAGUUCGCCGGAAUCAAGGACAUGUCACCAAAGGCCCGCGCCGUGCGGGCUGAACUCUUAUCCUUGCUGCCGCCCCAGAAGGACAUAUGGAAGAUAAUCAAUGAGGGUUCGAAACUCUGGUGUGUCUGGGAGGAAAGCUUCCCCGAAAUACAAAGCAUUUUUGAUCACAAAUGGGACUCCUGCGGAAGUCUCGUGGCCCCUGCCGACAUAGGGAAGGCAAUUGUCUGCCUCUGCAUGAGUGCUCUUCAAUCUCCGAAAAGUUUUGACUUUGAUAGUCUGCUUGUACCGAUUGAACCAGAAGAAUUCUCAACUCGUUUGACAGGAGCUGUGGAUCGCUUAGUCGUCCGUGAUGAUGACUUCGCAGCAACGCUACCGGGAAUCGAGUGUCAAAUGCUUGUGGCCAAAUUUCAUUUGAACGAAGGUCGUCUUCGAAAGGCGUGGCUGGUUACUCGUAGGGCUAUUGAAUUUGCCCACUUGGCUGGUAUGCAUCUGUCAACUCGAACUCGCAGCCCGCGAGACACCCUCUUCGCGAGACGACAGAAGAUAUGGUGUUCCUUAAAUUGUUCAGAUAGGUCGCUCAGUCUGAUUCUUGGACUACCUUACGGAGUGGCUGAAGCGAAUUUCUUACCCCAAAUUGAGCAACGCCUGAAGGAUGGACCUAAUGCGCCGGCUGAAGAGUACCUAUUUCGGAUCGGUGUAAUCUGCGGACACAUGGUUGACCGCAACCAGAACCCAGCCGAUAUGUGCCUUGAGACUACUCUCAAACUGGAUUCUGAGCUUGAUAACGCAUGGAAAUCGAUGCCUAGCAGUUUCUUUGGCGUCGAGCUUGGGCCCGAUGAGCGACAAGAACAGUUCCAUGCGCGAAUUCCCUUGCAGUUCAUGCCAAAGGUAUUACGAGCGCUUUUGCAUUUGCCCCUCAUGCUGAAAUACCCAUAUGAACCACGAUUUGCCUUCUCCCAACGAAUGGCAAUCGAAUCCGCGCGCGAGGCACUGGCGCUCUACAAGGUGCUGCGAGCGAUGACUCGAUCAUAUCUAUGCAAAAUGAUUGAUUUCCUUGCAUUCACGAUGGGAAUGCUGCUCAUUGUACAUUUGUAUGGUGAUUCUGAUGAAUAUCCGGAACACAAUAAAGAAGAAGAUGAAUCCGACUGGAAAUUAGUAGGGGAAGUGGUCGAUAUUCUUCACCAAGCGAGGCAAGAAAAGGGUGGCUCCGUGGCAGCAGAAUCCUCCAAUAUCCUGGGGGAGAUCUACCGUACAAGGUCGCAAGUGCGAGAAUUCUCCCCUAUAACCUGCAAGAUUACAGUGCCUUACUUUGGAACCAUCACCGUGGGUGCUGGAACCAAGUUCCCUCGGCAUGUUGACGGGCUUCAGGGUGAUGUCGUGAGCGGUCCAUCACCAGAGAGCCUAGCAACCAAACCACCGCCGGACCAGCUGUACACUCCGCCACUAUCUGAUCCAGAGGGGAUGUCUACGUGUCAGUCGGACACGUUUGGUGUCAAUAUGCCAGUCCCAAGCGCUCUGGGGAUAGACUGUCCGCCCGAGGCUCUACCAGGAGACGGUGUCGUAACGUCGGAUUUCCCAGGCCCAGAGCUCAAUGCAUUCACUGGGCUAUUCGAUGAUCUUGGUCAAAUCUCGUGGCCAGCUCCUAAUGUUGAUUUGGGAUUGGACCAUGGAUGGAAUCUGGAUUGGUUUAGUUAG